AGGGGAGGGUUUUUUUCUGUUGUUGUUCCUGAAAUCUGGAGAUUAGUGAAAGGGUGCUGCCCGCCGCCCGCGCUGAAAGAACAGCCUGUCUAGGAGCUGACCCAGACGGGCCGGAGCUGAGAGGAGCGGACCGGAGCGGCUGGUGUGGUGCGGUGUGGCGCCGUGCGGAGUGUUACGUAAGGCUUGUGUACCAGGCGUUGGCGUCGCGGCCAUGGCCCGCAGCUUAAUGGGCAGUGUGGAAAAGCUGCUUGCCCAGAGCGGCCGGCUGCUGUGGGACAUCGCACUGUGGCUGCUACGGAGCUGCUCCUGGAGGAGGAUGAGCUCGUGUCAGCAGUGCCUACACACCUGCUUCUACCUGGGCGAGCUCUAUCAGAUGACGGAGGGGAGACUAUGCCAGGUGCAUCUCCUUGACAACCGGAAACUGGAGCUGCUGGUUCAGCCCAAACUGUUGGCCCGGGAACUCCUGGACUUGGUGUCGUCCCACUUUAACCUCAAAGAGAAGCAAUACUUUGGGCUCACUUUUAUUGAUGACACGGGCCAGUGCAAAUGGCUGCAGAUGGACCGAAGGGUUCUGGAACACGACUUCUCCAAGAAGUCCGGGCCCACCCCGCUCUACUUCCUGGUCAGAUUUUACAUCGAGAGCAUAUCGCUCCUGAAGGACACCACUACGGUGGAAUUGUUCUUCCUCAAUGCAAAAACUGCCAUUUACAACGGAGAUAUCGAAGUGGAGAGUGAAGUCGUCUUCAAACUUGCAGCACACGCCUUACAGGAGGCCAAAGGAGACUACAACAGUGAUGAGACCACCAGGACGGAGCUGAGGAAACUUCCCACCCUCCCCACCAAAGUGCUUAAGGAGCAUCCAUCACUCGCCUACUGUGAGGAGCGCGUGAUUGAGCACUACAAGCUGCUGCAGGGCCUCACCCGAGGCCAGGCCAUCGUCCAGUACUUGGCUUUAGUGGAGUCGCUGCCAACGUAUGGCGUUCAUUAUUAUGAAGUCAAGGACAAGCAAGGACUCCCAUGGUGGCUUGGAGUCAGCUACAAGGGCAUUGGUCAGUACGACUUACAGGACAAAGUCAAGCCACGCAAGCUGUUCCAGUGGAAACAGCUGGAGAACCUGUACUUCCGUGAGAAGAAGUUUGCAGUGGAGGUGAACGACCCUCACAGGACCGUGACCAAGCGCACCUUUGGGCAGACGGGUCUGGUUAUCCACACCUGGUAUGCCAGCCACUCGCUGAUCAAGACCAUUUGGGUGAUGGCAAUCAGCCAGCACCAGUUCUACUUGGAGAGGAAGCAGACUAAGGCCAAAAUGAGCGCAGCGAGAAGUUUAAACGACGUCGCCGUGGACCUAACUGAGAAUGGGGCGUCCAAGAUAAGCAAAGGUCAUCUGGGGAUAAAAAAUCAGCUCAUCAUGGCCAGUAAUGGGAGCCUUGGGUCAACAGGUUCUGCCGACUCGGAGAUGAACGACGAGCAGAAAAAAGAGAAGAUCUCUGAGCUGAAGAAGAAGGAGAAGGACAUCCAGGACAUCUUGGCCCAGAGGAGGGAGGAGCUUAAGAGCAUCUGCUUAAGAGAAGCGGAGUUGACGGGCAGGCUCCCGAAAGAGUACCCACUGUCCACUGGCGAGAAACCUCCACAGGUCAGACGGAGAGUUGGGACGGCCUUCAAACUGGACGACCUUUUCCCAUACAACGAGGACCCUUACCUGAGGAACCUGGAGAGCAGGUUCGCGCUGCAGCAGAAGAUUGUGGAGGCUGCCAAGAAGCUGGCCGGCGAGAUGGACCUCAACAAGACGGUGAAGAAGAAGAGGAGGGGGAACUGCCUGGACGCCAUGCAGAAGCUGCAGGACAUCGAGGACGAGAUGAACCAGUACCGCGUCAAGAAGGGCAAGAAGCCCACGCAGAGAGCCUCUCUCAUCAUCGCAGAUGAGCUGGUGCCAUCGGAGUGCAGCUCCCUGUCUGACAGCCUGACGCUGGAUGAUGACGACUCUGAUGGCGUCCAGAGGCCGCGGUCUCGCUCCGUGCAGUGUUCCCCGUACCUGAGCCCCCCCCCCUCUGCCGGGCUGGACUACGAUCUGGAGAGGAGAGCCUCGGCCAGUGACCAGCCCCACGACCAGCCUCUCAGCAGAUUGGAUUACGACCUCCAGGACAUGGGACGUUACUACGGCCCAAGGGAAGUGUCGUCCACUCACAGCAGUCCAUACAAAACGGUUCCCAGACAUCCACGUGACGCCCGGAGCAUACCGCACACACCCGUCAUGACCCGCAACGCCUAUAGCAGCAGCCAGCUCCGGUCAGAGGGGAACGUGCAGUGUUUCCGGCACCGCAGCGGCAGCUUGGAGUCGCAGUCUCCGCUGCGGCGGGAGAGUGGCCUGGAGAAGGCCACCUUCACGCUGUCGCCAGCCCGCCGAAGCACCAGCUCCGAGGCCCUGGACGACUGCUCGUCCUACACCAGCCUGUCCAGCGCCGACUACGCCCAGUACCGCACCGUCGACCACCGCAUCUACGACUACCGGCGCCACCGCAAGGUGGAGGUGUACGGCAACACGGGCAGCAUGCCCAACCUGGUGCACAACCCCUCGGGCUGCGGCUACGCCUGCCCACCACCCGCACACUACGGACCGCUGGCCUAUUACGUAGCCGGCUACCCGACCCCGGACUACGAGCCGUACUCCAAUGGCGGCUACGUGUUCGAGAACGAGCUAGAGGGCCACUACAAUGUCAACCCCUCCUACGGACACAGCGGCUACCCUGCCCACAGCCGGUACCACCACUACGGCUCCGACGGGCCCGACAUGGCCCAGAACCCCUACGCCACCAUGAGGCCCCCGAGGGGCCGACAGGGCCCCCGCAACGAGCUGCUGGCCAAGAACGUGCAGAAGGCGCUAGUGGUGGAGCAUCUCCGUGGCUGGUACCAGCGCAGCGCAGUCCACCGGGACGCUGGACGAGGCCUGGGCGGAGUCUACGACUACGAGAGGGGCUCGCAGCAUAGCCUGGGCUACCAGACGCUCCCUGCCGCCCCCUUCAGCCACUCCAGCCGGACCACCUCCUUCUCCUCAGUGUCCUCUGCAGCCAGUGGGGGGGGUAACUGGCGCAGUCACCUUGCUGUAGGCCUGACGGACAGCGAACUGCUGGACAUGCCACUGACCACACAGCCAUCCUACGGCGCCCCCUACAGGAGUCCCACUCACAGCAGGUAUGCUGUGGAGUCCAGAGGGGCAGAGUCUGUGACUCUCACGUCUGAGACGGUGGAGGUGGGCGGGGCCACAGCUAGGUACACUGAUGAGGAGCAUUCAUAGAAAGCACAAAGAUCACAAGUGGAUUACACGUCAGCUGCUGUUCUGAGGACUCACAGGACCAAAGGCCUCACUGGACCGGACAGGACACCAAGAGCAACAGGAUCCGAAAUACACACACACACAUACAGUCACACACAAGCACACACACACACUUAUGUGCCUUGGAUUGAAACGCAGUUCAGCCCAGGGUAUCCAAAGAAACAUCCAUCCAGGCACCUGUACAAGAAACAAACAGCACAUUGGAGGACAUCUGAAUAUCUGAAGAAGACAAAACCAUACAAAGACAAAACCCAUAGGACAAGGCGAGUCCUUCUGCGAUGGAUAACCAUAACUCAAUGCACACACCCACGCGCACACACACACACACGCUGACUGUCUGACAUGUCGAGCGCUCUCUCUCCCUGGGUUCAUAUUAGUGGUUAUUUUUUCCAUCAUAUUUAUAAAAACAUGUCAGUUUUUUUAAAAAAGACAAUGUCACCUUCAUGUAGUUCCAGGUGCUGAUUGAAAUGAUUGCAGAUCUGGUCGAACGGUCUAUAACUUUAGGUGGCGCCAGCUGACGUUAAUGGAAGGAUCGAUAUGUUUUGCAAAUGCAAAUGUUUCUUGUAGGUGUUGAAGUUAUGCGUGCUGUUUCUGUGAGACAGGCAUUCUUAGAAUUUUCCCAUCUGUUGUCAUGUUCUGUGUUGAGAGUUGAGUGAGUAGUCCUGUGUAUGUAAGAACUGGCGAUUACCCAGCAGUAAUGAGCGAACUGGUUAUUACCCAGCUGUAAUGAACGAACUGGUUAUUACCCAGCAGUAAUGAGUGAACUGGUUAUUACCCAGCUGUAAUGAACGAACUGGUUAUUACCCAGCUGUAAUGAGUGAACUGGUCAUCGACCCCCAACUGACGUACAACAAGCCAUCUCCAUGGUGAUGUACAACGAGCCUUCUCCAUGGUGCACCUCCGUCCUGUGCUGGAAUACAUGGACUAGGUGCUGCCCGUACCCCCUCUACCUCUCCAUCCCGUACCCCCUCUAUCUCUCCAUCCCGUACCCCCUCUAUCUCUCCAUCCCGUACCCCCUCUAUCUCUC